AUGGCGGAGCAACCGGAAGACAGAGCACCGAACACAAAUAAUAUCAUGGCGAACCCCAUUCUCUUGGUGAACGAUCGCAAUAGUCCCAAAUCCGGGACUAAUGUGUCGCCCACCUUUACGAUUUCUCACCAGGAAUCCAUUUUGGGAGGGGGGGCCAGCCUUGGGACGAUUGAGGUUCGAGAUGAAGCCGGUGAUGCUUUGCAGCUGAUUCAAACUUGCAGGACAGUUGCAAGAAGAAAACAAGAACAUAAGGACGAGGAGUUGAUUGUGAUGUUUAAAAAGGUUCAGACAAACAUUCUCCUCUUGAACGCGAUCCAGCAAAUUCCCAGAUAUGCUGAAUUCCUCAAGGAACUGUGCACCCAGAAGAGGAUAGGUAAGGAUAAGGAACGGGUUGUGGUAAGUAAGAAUGUAUUAGCUCUUGUUAAACAAAAUAUGCCUAGAAAAUGGCGAGACCCAGGUAUAUUCACUUUACCCUACAUUAUUGGUAAUAGAGUCAUUCGUCAUGCUAUGCUUGAUCUAAGAGCCUCUAUUAAUGUCAUGCCUUAUCAUGUGUAUGAGGAUCUCAAUUUGAAUGAUUUGCAAAAACCUACUAUGUGCAUCCAAUUAGCUAAUAGAUCUUAUAUCCAGCCUCUAAGGAUAGUGAAGGAUGUGUUAUUGCAAGUUAGGGAUUUGAUUUUCCCAGUUGAUUUCUACAUUUUGAAAAUGGAUGAAAUUUCCACUCAUUCUUCUUCUACAAUUCUGUUAGGAAGGCCCUUUAUGAAAACUGCAAAGACAAAAAUAGAUAUUGACAAAGGCUGUCUUUCUAUAAAGUUUGAUGGGGAAUUAGUUUCAUUUAACAUGUAUGAUGCCAUGAAAUUUUCUAAGGAAUAUCUGUCGCUAUGUAUGAUUGAGGUGCAUGACUUAUUAGAUGAUAUUAUAUUGCAUGAUGGUAGUGAUGACUCUUACAUAUUGAUUACUCCAUGUAUUGAUUUGGAUUCUCAUGACUCGCAUGAUUUAUCUCUUUCUGUUGUUGAUGUUAGCAACCGAAGGAAUCUUCUUCUGAUUUUGAUAUUGUUGGUUUACAUGUACAAAGGAUUGAGCUAA